ACCAGGGAAGUUUGCAGCACGUUUCAAAGGAAAGGUAUCUGGAACAAUCAAACUGGAAGCGCGGAGCGGUAGCAUUUGCGAUGUUGCAGUUAAAACAUGCGCUGAUAAAAUGAUCCUUGAAUCUGGAUGGGAGGAAUUUGUCAAUGAGCAUGACUUGGGAAAGGGUGAUUUUCUGGUAUUUAGAUACAUUGGAGACUCUCAGUUUAAUGUUGCAAUAUUUGAUCCAAGCGGCUGCGAGAAGGCAUCAUCAUGCGUAAGCAUGAACAACCCUCGUCAUGUUGAGACUGUCAAGAGAUCUUAUGCGCGUCAUUCUAGGCAAUCUCUUGAUGACACCAUGGAGAAGAGUUCUUCAUCCACUCCUUCAGAGGAACAAGGGGAUGCUUCUUCCUCACAAGAUGAUUCCAGAUCAAACAAUGCUCGUCCAUACAUGAUUGGAUCUAAUGCUUAUCUAACUCAAGUGCAAAAGGAUAAAGUGAAAGAGAUUGUCCAAGCUAUCAAUUCCGACAUCCCAAUCCAUGUCGCAGUCAUGUCUAAAAGCCAUGUUAACAGAGCGAAGUGCGGAUUUGACUUCAUUAAAAGAUAUGGUGAUUACCUGCCACAAGAGAAGCAAAUAGUCGUUCUUCAGUUGCGUGGCGAGAGGUGGAAAAUGUGGCUUAAUGAUGCUCGGACCAAGCGUGGCAGGAGGCUUAUACAUGGAUGGAGACAGUUUGUCAUGGACAAUGACUUGCAGAUUGGUGAUAUCUGCCUCUUUGAUCUGAUCAACGACAAGAAGAUUUGCACGAUUAGUGUUCAUAUUAUCCGUGCUAGGAAGCGUGUGGCAGACAGUAGUGAUCGAUAAAAAAAAGUAUGCUAGUGGCGAUGGGUUUUGUGUCUGCGAUAAUUUAUUUAGCGUCCGUGUACCAUAGUUACUCUCAAUUGCUAGUACAUUCUGGGAAGUACGCAAUUAGCUGCUUUCUUAGUUUGCUUUUGGAUGAUGACAAUGGUUACUAAAUUGUCUGUCCGAUGCAUUAUAUAUAUGGAUGUAGAGUGAGUCGCAGUGAAUUUUAGUUCAGUCAUGUAGUAACUCGCUUGGACCGUGUUGGUUUCUUUCUGGACAUGAAUUUGAAUAAUGCUCAUGAAGUUUUUUUCA